CGUUCAUUAUAAAACUACAUACGCCACUCACAAAACCUCUCCACAAAUACUCCUCUAAACAUCCAUAAACAUGUUAUCACCGGAGCAGGUGAGGCCACUAGCUCCGGCAGCCGAACGCGUGAGCAGCGACGAAGACGAAGCGGCUCUGCUUUACCGGAAAAUCCGCAGAAGAAGAUGCCUCAAAAUAUGUGGUUGCAUUACAGCACUAGUGCUUCUCACCAUAAUCACACUCAUCCUAGUCCUGGUCUUCACCGUUUUCCGCGUCAAGGACCCCGUGAUCAAGAUGAACAACAUCACCGUCACCCAACUCGAGCUAAUCAACAACACGAUUCCUCGACCGGGAGUCAACAUGUCUCUGAUUGCAGACGUAUCCGUCAAGAAUCCUAAUUAUGCUUCCUUCAAGUUUAAGAACACCACCACAACGCUUUAUUAUCACGGUUUGGUGAUCGGAGAGGCCCGAGGCCCACCGGGCCAGAGCAAGGCCAGACGGACGGCCAGGAUGAAUAUUACUGUGGAUAUUAUUACGGAUCGGCUCUUGUCGGCCCCGAAUUUGACACAGGAAAUAAGUUCCGGGCUCCUGGAUUUGAAUGCUUAUUCGAGGCUACCGGGGAGGGUUAAGAUAUUAGUGAUUAUUAAUCGGCAUAUUACGGUGAAGAUGAAUUGUACGCUGUCGUUUAACUUGACUAGCCAAGAUAUCUCGGACCAGAAAUGCAAGCAGAGCGUUGAUCUUUAGGAGAUAGAUAUUCAUACUGGUAUGGUUUUUUAGUAUUGUAGGACACCAGUGUUUUCUUCUUUAUGUGUAAAAUAGGUAUAUGAAUCAAUUUCUCCCUUUUUUUAAAAAAUUUUUUAUGUGAGAUUGUAUGAGUUUUUUCGUUUUUCUUUUUUGUAAAAUAUAACAUGGAUAUUAAUUUUUGGAAUAAAUUGACAGUCCAAUAGAAAACUCCUUAUUAGUGGGAAUA